GGGGAGUUCGUUCCAGAGGGACGGAGCAGCCACAGAGAAGGCCCUCCUUGGGAGCUAUUGGGAGCUAUCGAACUUAGCAGUUUUAAAGCUUUCUUUUUUAAAGCUUUCAACAGGUGGCAGCACCUUGCCUAGCAACAUCGGUGGAUGUUGGCUUGGAUGUCCAUGAAGUCACCAUUAACCAGGAGGCCAUUUUUCUUCUUGUACCUACUUUGUGUCACCACUAGAUGGCCCUCUAAGAUUAAAAAACCACCAACCCGUGGAAGUUCGCUGUGACAGUAAAGGGAAGGAGAAAUUUGCUACCAGUCCAAAAAAGCGAAGCGGAGGGAGACGUCAGCUGACCCGAAAAGCACAAGCGAGCAAUGUCUUCUCUUCCGCGGGGCUUUGGACCUGUGUUCUCUGAAUGAGCCUCGCCGAGAAAAUUGCUUCUGGAACCUGGGUAAUUUCGCAAAGCUUGAACUAUUGAUGGAAAACCCAUUCAGCUCAUUGCACACUGGGCUACAAUUGGGAGGUGGGAUCAAGUUCAUGGAAAACAAAAGGCAGAAGUAACUUCUGGCUGGUUUAUUUACCAUUGUUGAUGCAAUUACUUGUAACUGACUUUUCUUAGAAAGUAUUACCAGUCACUGUACUUUCAUCUCAUUUCCCCCCCCCCCCUUUCAGGGAUCAGGGACAAUAUGUUCUGUGCCUUUUGUUUUAUCUGCACAAUUACCUUGCGCGCUAAACUAACUUCAGGUUCUCAAAUGCUGCCUUUUGUUUCCUCUACCCUCUUCCUAAAAGGAAGCUUGGGCAUAGUUUUGCAUGAUUUUUAAAUAAUUAGUGCAGUAUACAUUUCUGGCCUUCAUUUAUAGUUCUACUACUAAUUACAAAACCUCUCAGCCAUGAGCAUGCCAGUUUUGUACUCUACUGGUGGGUGGGUGGAGUUCUACUAUAUGUGUAAUGUACAAGUUGUCCACCCUGUAGUAAACACGGAAACGGGAACAAGCCACAUCUCCUGUAAAAUGAGAAACGUAUUUCCUCUUUUCUCUUAAGCCUAGCAUGAGUUAGCACUGCAACUAAUGGCAAAACUGCCCUCUUUUAACUACGUUUUUACAUUCUCCCUUUAAUUUAGCACCCUCAAAAGCAUGACAUUGGCUGAAGUCAGUUUACAGAAACAGUUGGAUCAACGGCAUGGAGAGCGGCCCGGCGGGUCCCUCGGCCGAGAAGAAAAACCACCACUGGAAAAGUUACAAGUUGAUUAUUGACCCGGCGCUGAAGAAAGGCCAGCACAAGCUCUACCGAUACGAUGGGCAACACUUCAGCAUUCCUAAUCCCAGUCUGGCCCCCGUGGAGUGCGUGGAGGACCCCAGGAUAGGACGCAUCUGGACCAAAACGAAAGAACUGGAACUCUCCGUCCCCAAAUUUAAGAUUGACGAGUUUUACGUGGGGCCCGUGCCCCCCAAGCAAGUCACUUUUGCCAAGCUGAACGACAACAUCCGCGAAAACUUCCUGACCGACAUGUGCAAGAAAUACGGCGAGGUGGAAGAAGUGGAGAUUUUGUACAACCCCAAGAACAGGAAGCACCUGGGCAUCGCCAAAGUCGUCUUUGCCACCGUCAGGGGCGCCCGGGAAGCCGUCCAGCACCUGCACAACACUUCCGUCAUGGGGAAUAUCAUCCACGUGCAGCUAGAUACAAAAGGUGGGGAGAACCCCCCCUCCAACCCCCCCCCCCCGCGGGAUGCAGCCUUUCCUCCAUCUUGCUCUUUGCCAAGUUUAAAGAGCCCUUUUCUAGUCGGUCUCAUCUGUUGUUUACCAGUCUCUUUUGCCUUUAUUUUAUUUUUUUUGCAGCUGGCCGAUACUCUGAAACGGCUGAAGGACAGUGGUCUGUCUUCGGCAGGAUCCUCCACCACCCCGAACAGCAGCACCCCAUUCUCCCACGACACGGCCUUUUCCAGUUGUCGACAGGACACCCCCAACUCCUACAGCCAGUUCACCCCCCAGUCGCAAGGAACGCCUCUGACGCCACGCCUGGGGACCCCCUUUUCCCAAGACUCCGCCUACUCUAGCCGACAGACCACGCCGGCCUACCAUUUCGGACAGGACUCCGGCUACAAACCCCGGAGGCACGAAACGAAAUUCACGGACGCUUAUAACCGCCGUCUGGGCCACCACUACGUACAUAACUCAGCCGGGACUUUCCGAAGCUCCGAGCAUCAAUUCGGCACCUUCAAGUCCCAUCAGCCGGAAACGGUGCAAUAUCCCCAGGCGUCCCCCGUGAGUCACACAGGUGCUUCGACGUACAAAUCCGCCUUCUCCCCCUACCAAGCCCCAGCCACCUACCCCCAGCCCGAAGAGCCCCCGUUUUCUCAAACGUCCCGGGAAGUGGAAUACCGGCGGCCCCCACUUCCCACUGAGGUGACCGUCGAAAGUAGCCCAGCUCCUCCGGUGGAAUUUGUUCCUGCAAAGGACAAACCGGAGGAGCCCCCUCCUCUUCCUCCGCCCCCGCCUCCCCCAGAGCCCGACAGUCUUACCGAGCCUUCCGUUGGGCCGUCCUUCGGCCAGACUCCGGAACGGAGCGAGACACCCGGCACCCCGACUGUAGAAUCGGAAAGUCAGCCGAACAGUUUGGACACGAGGAUCGAAAUGCUUUUAAAGGAGCAGAGGAGUUUUAUCGAGCACGACUCGGACAACGAGAUACGGAUGGAAGGCAGCCCCAUUUCUUCGUCCUCUUCCCAGCUUUCCCCGAUCCCGAACUCGCAGCCCAGCUAUCGAGUGCAAACCCCUUCCUCGCGCCCUUCCAGCACUGGCUUGGAAGACAUCAGCCCGACCCCGUUGCCCGAUUCGGAUGACGACGAGCCCAUUGGCGGGGUGGCUUCUGCCUGCCAGAACUCGUGGGGGGCAGCCGAGGCGAGCGUCACCCCUGUGGACCAGCUGAACCGGACUUCCAAAUCGGAGCCCUUGGAGGCUAAAGAAGCGCAGCCGGUUAGCAGCAGCCCCGUGCUCGAAAAAAUGGAAGAGUGUCAUCAAUCUUCGGGGGAAGACAUGGAGAUCUCGGACGACGAGAUGAGCGAAUCGCCCAGCGCGGAAUGUGCCAAGAACAUUGUGGUGAACACCUCCAUUGGCGGCAGCUCCGUGAUGACCUCUUCCAUCCCGAUGCCUCCGCCGGGCUUCCCUCCCCUACCCCCUCCUCCGCCUCCCCAGUCGGUCUUCCCGAUGCCUCCUCCUCUUCCUCCCCCGCCUCCGCCCACCCACCCCGCUGUCACCGUCCCCCCUCCGCCCCUCCCGACCCCUCCGGGGGUCCCUCCCCCUCACAUCCUGCCCCCUCUCCCUCCCUUCCAUCCGGGGAUGUUUCCUCUGAUGCAGAUGGACAUGAUCAGCGUCCUGGGCAACCAGUGGGGGGGCCUGUCCAUGUCUUUCCAGAUGCAAACCCAGAUGCUCAGCCGCCUGAUGCAAGGGCAGAACACCUACCAGUACCCCCCCUUCGUGAGUAACCGGAUGCAGUUUGUGAACCUCCCUCCCUACCGGCAUUUCUCCAUGGGGGCAGCUAUGAACCGGGGGCAGCAGUGGCCCCCUUUGCCCAGGUUCGACCCCUCCGUCCCCCCUCCGGGUUACGAGCCCAAGAAGGAAGAUCCGCACAAGGCCACGGUGGACGGCGUCCUCUUGGUGAUCGUGAAGGAGCUCAAAGCAAUAAUGAAAAGGGAUUUGAACAAGAAGAUGGUGGAAGUGGUGGCGUUCCGGGCGUUUGACGAUUGGUGGGACAAAAAAGAACGUCUUGCUAAGGCAUCUUUGACCCCGGUUAAAUCUGGGGACCAUAAAGACGAGGAGAAACCGAAACCAAAGGACCGCAUCACCUCCUGCCUUCUGGAGAACUGGAAUAAAGGAGAAGGGUUGGGCUACGAAGGGAUCGGCUUGGGCAUCGGGCUGCGAGGGGCCAUCCGGUUACCAUCCUUUAAGCUCACCACAGGAAUACGUGGUGUUCCCAAUGGGCGAUUUGGAAAACCAUACUGGGAUGGUGUGGGAAGCCCCAGCGCUCCCCACUUCUAG